CAGGCAACUCUGUGGACGGCUCGCGAAGGAGGCGUGGUUUCGCACAGCACACACGCGCACGCGGUCCCCUUAGUGAAGCCCCAAUGAGCGGUCAGAAACGCGCACUAGGGCUUAAGGUUUCAUUACAGUGUAGAGUUAUUAGUUAGUUUAGUUUAGUUUAGUUUAGUUAGAAACCCGACAGAAACGUGGCGGUGAGAACUGAACGUCUGUCCGCGGUGACUUCUGCGUGUUCAGGCAACACAGAGAGAAAAUAAAGCAAGGGAGAGGAACAGCUCUACUCCCCCUCCCCAAAAACAAGUUCUCAUAAGAUGGAGAAGCCCCCAUUGCCUAUCGAUGAUGUUCCUGGGAUGGGUGACGGGCAAUCAGUGAUGACGCUGGUGUCAGGGGGAGGGGCAGAGCCUGACGGAGGGGUGGGGCAGGGGGAGGAGGAGCGUCCCGCAUGGGACAGUAAGCUACAGUACGUCCUCGCCCAGGUGGGCUUCAGCGUCGGGCUCGGCAACGUAUGGCGCUUCCCGUAUCUCUGUCACCAAAACGGAGGAGGGGCGUUCCUGUUGUUGUAUGUGAUGCUGCUGCUGCUGAUUGGAGUUCCUCUGUUUUUCAUGGAGCUGGCUGCGGGUCAGAAUAUUCGUCAGGGCAGCAUCGGUGUCUGGAAGCACAUCUCGCCACGCCUCGCUGGCAUCGGCUUUUCCAGCUGUGUGGUUUGUUUCUAUAUGGCUCUGUACUACAAUGUGAUUAUAGCCUGGGCUCUGUUUUACUUGGGAAGUUCCUUCCAGUACCCAUUACCAUGGCAACAGUGUCCCAUAGAACCCGGCAGUAACCAUACAGUGAAGGAGUGUGCUGCCAGCUCUCCUACCUCAUAUUUCUGGUUCCGUAAGGCACUUGAUAUCUCUGACUCAAUUGAUCAAUCUGGAGAGUUUAAUCCUGUCAUAACCGGUUGCCUGCUUGCAGCCUGGGCUAUAGUCUGUCUCGCCAUGAUCAAGGGCAUCAAGUCCUCAGCCAAGGUGAUGUACUUCUCCUCGAUUUUCCCAUAUGCUGUGCUCUUCUGUUUUCUCAUCAGAGGUCUGAUGCUGGAUGGAGCCAUCGAAGGACUCGCCUACAUGUUCUUCCCUAAAUUAGAGAUCUGGCGUGAGGUGCAGGUUUGGCGGCAGGCUGCCACUCAAGUUUUCUUUGCUCUCGGUCUGGGCUACGGAUCUGUGAUUGCUUACUCCUCCUACAACCCAAUCAACAACAACUGCCACCGGGAUGCCCUCAUGGUUUCCGCCAUCAACUUCAUGACCUCAGUCCUGGCCUCGCUCGUCGUCUUCACGGUCCUCGGCUUCCGAGCCAAGAACAUUGCCCUGGCGUGUGUUGCAGAGAAUGUGAGUAAAAUGUCAGAGCUGGCAGCUUCAGGAACAGCUCCGCACUGGUGGCCACGAUUCAAUAUGUCCGACCACAGAUCCGUGGAACUAAAGGAUUACCAGGAGUGGUACACCCAUUAUGGGAGCUCGCUAGGCUCAAACAUCACCAAUUGUGACGUGGAGAGAGAAAUGAACAAGGGAGUGGAAGGGACUGGUUUGGCAUUUAUAGCAUUCACUGAGGCCAUGGCGCUGUUCCCAGGCAGUCCGUUCUGGUCCGCGUUGUUCUUCCUCAUGCUCCUGAAUCUGGGUCUGUCCACCAUGUUCGGUACCAUGCAGGGCAUCCUCACGCCACUCAUGGACAACUUUAAACUGUUGGGCCGCCACAAAACCCUGCUCACUGUGAUAAGCUGUAUCCUGGGCUUCCUGAUUGGUCUGCUCUUCACUCAGCGUAGCGGGAACUACUUUGUGACCAUGUUCGAUGAUUAUUCUGCCACUUUGCCGCUGAUGGUCGUCGUCAUCUUUGAGACGAUCAGUGUAGCAUGGAUCUACGGUGCUGAUCGGUUUCUGGACGAUGUGGAGGUGAUGUUGAAAUGGCGCCCUCCAGCGAUCUAUAAGUACAUGUGGAAGUAUGUGUGUCUGCUGGCUAUGAUGGGUCUGCUGACUGCCAGUGUGCUGCGCAUGUUCUUCAAGUGGCCCACUUACACAGCGUGGGACCACACCACGGGGUCUGAGAGCAGCUUGGGAUACCCAGGUUGGGCCUUGGUGAUGCUUGCGUUGCUUAUCAUCACCGCCUUUCUUCCAGUGCCUGUUGGCUAUGUGCAUUCCCUCCUCACCCAUAAGCAUGGCCAAUCACAGGCAGAGGGAGAGGCUGAGCAUCACAGAGAACGAUACUCCAAGUGUAGUACCACCGAGCCAGAACUCAACAACCAUCACGCUCCUCCGGAUGAGGACGGCAGCCGACCCCGAAGCACCUUCCUGCCCGUGGCUGCAGAUCACUACAGGCUUCUCUCACAACAGGAAGACGGGGAAGAGGAGGAGGAUGACACAGAACUGUAAUAAAGGUGGACAAGAAAAACAGUGUACUGGAGAAGCAGUUAGACAUGAAAUGGCUGAACGGGACGCUGGAGUGUCUAACAGACAGUUGCCAAGGCGACUGUGCUUACAGUGUCAUUUUAAAGAUUAGGUAUAGAGAGUUAGUAAAUGCUAAAAUGGACUGAAAUAGAACAAAAUCUCAAAUUUUGAGAAGAAUCAACACAAUCCCGUUAUCAUGGGUUAGAAACCAAACAGGGGUUGGAUGUACUGAUGACAUCCUUGAUACUGAAGCAUUGAGGCGUGUGUCAAAAAUUCAAUAAGUUCAACACUGUAUCAGUGCUUUUUUUUUUCCUUAGCCAUAAACACAUCACCACUGAUUUCACGAUGCUUUGUUUUGGCACAAGCACGGGACUGCUUUGGAAACUGAUUCAAAAGAAAAGCAAACCUUGCAAAACAAAAAAAAAUUAUUGAUAAUCUCACGGGCAAAAUCAACAAGCACUAUUAAUCUCUCGCAUUUUACAGUUCAGUUAAUCCCACAUGAGGUUUGUCUAUGAACUAAUAGGUGAGGAACUUCUCUGUAAAUGGCUUCAAUGUAAAUUAAUAAGUAUGUUAGUGUUGCUCAACAGGUUCACUGUAUAUAGAUGUAAUCUAGCAUAGAUGUAUGCUAUAUCUUUAUACAGGAUUAUCAUUAUAAUAGUUUUAUUAUUUAAAAAGAUAAUAAUAUUGUAGUACUUUUGUCAAGUCCCCAGGCUCCCUGUGUAGGAUAAGCGGUGCCGAAAAUGGAUGAAAGGAUGGUGUAUAUGGGCACAUAUGUAGUUUGUGUUGCACACAACUUACUUUAUCCAGGGUUCCUCUGCAGGUCUUAAAAUAUCAGAAACACUAUGACAUUUAAAGCUGAUGCUGGAGCUGGACGAAUGUAGGCAUGUGCGUAUAUUGUUGUCGAAUACAAUGGAUAGCGAAUCGACUUCUGUUCUUGGUAUUGGAGCCAUUCGAAGAUUGUGGGUUCGAGUCCCACCAGUGUCGUUUGCUUUCUGGGGAGUGGUAGCUCAAUGGUUAAGACACUGAACAUUGAAAGGUCAUGAGUUCCAAUCCCAGCACCACCAACCUGCCAAUGCUGGGCCCUUGAGCAAGGCCCUUAACCCUCAACUGCUCAGCUGUAUAAAUGAGAUAAAUGUAAGUCGGGAUUUUGAACUAGGGUUCAAAAUCCGUUGUGUUUAGACUCUUUUUUUCUGCACCAAUACAGCCUCCCUAAAGCAUAUUGAAUGUUAUUAUUAUUAUUAUUAUUAAAAUAUCCUUUAUGAUAGUUUUUUUUUUUUAAAGAAAUAUCAAGAAACCGAGUAAAAGGGUGCUUGGACCCCUAAAAUCAAUCUGGAAAAAGUCUUGAAUUUUUUUUUACUUUUUAAUUUUUUUUAAAUAAAGAAGCAAGUGUCAAGACUCUUUUGUCUCAGAUGUGAGCGAAGCAUCAGUGUAAGCUAUGCUGUGGGCACCUUCCCACCAUUUUUUUGAAAGUAUAAAAAAAAAUUAUUAAUUUUUUUAUGAGCUUCUGGCAGAAUCUGAUCCAAAUGUUUUGGGGUUUUUUUAAAUAAGUCUAACUCCGUUAGACUUAUGUGCAGCUGUGUCAUGGUGGUGUUAUGCGAGUACUGAAAAACAUACUGUAUCAGUACACUGUGAUCAGUACUGGGUACUCUAUACUGUAAGUACUGUGCCAGUAGACAUAGUUGAGUUUUUGUUUUCUGUUGCCAAAGAUACCUGCCAUUUUGCAGUUAUAAUAAAUAAUAUAAGCCCUAAGGUUUUCAGUGUGAAUGCAAUGCUAGAGAUACAUGAACUGCAAGACCAAAUCAUCCUGAAACAAUUUUAUCAUACAACCCUAAUUCCGAAGAAACAAACAUUAUUUGAUGUUUUACUUUGUGAAUUUAAUUUAUUUUUGAAAAUAUACACUCAUUUCAAAUCUGAUGACUGCAAGACACUCCAGAAAAGUUGGGACAGUCGACUGUUUACCACUGUGUAACAUCACCUUUUCUUUUAAUAACACUUUUGGACGCUGAAGACACCUUUUGGUUAAGUUUAGCAAGCGGAAUUUUCCCCCAUUCAUCCAUUAUGCAUUUCUGCAGCUGCGCAACUGUAUGGGGCCUUUUGCGCUUCAUAAUGCGCCAUCCAUUCUCAAUCGGAGAGAAGUCAGGACUGCAGGGAGGCCAUGCUAGCACCCGCACUCUCUGCUUACGCAACAAUGCGCUUGUAAUCCGAGCAGAAUGUGGUUUGGCGUUGUCCUGCUCUAGAUGGCAGCGUAUGUUGCUCCAAAAUGUGUAUGUAUCUUUCUGCAUUAAUGGUGCCCUCACAGAUGUGUAAGUUACCCAUGCCAUGGGCACUGACACACCCCCAUACCAUGACAGACACUGGCUUUUGGACCUGACGCUGAUAGCUUGGAUGGUCCUUUUCCUCUUUGGCCUGGAGAACACGACGGCUGUUUUGUCCAAAAACUAUUUGAAAUGUUGACUCAUCAGACCACAAAACAUGAUUCCACUGUGCUACUAUUCAUCUCAGAUGAGACCGAGCCCAGAGAAGUCGGCAGCGCUUCUGGACAGUGUUGAUGUAUGGCU